AUGCCCGAGCCACAGAUCAUUCGUUGGGGCAUCAUUGCCACUGGAGGCAUCGCAAAAGCAUUCGGAAAGGAUCUUUCGGUCGACCCCUGCACGCGCAAUGUAAAGGACAUUCGCCAUGAACUGGUUGCUGCCGCAUCUUCGUGGUCAAAAUCGAGGGCGGAAUCAUUUUUAAGAGAAUGUGGUGCGCCAGAGCACGCAAUCGCCUACUCGUCUUAUUCAGAGCUCGCUCAGGAUCCCAAGGUCGAUGUAAUCUACAUCGCGACGCCCCAUUCGCACCACUACCAGAACGCCAUGAUGUGUUUGGAGGCCGGAAAGAACGUCCUCUGUGAGAAGGCAUUCACAGUCAACGCCAAGCAAGCUCGAGCUUUGGCCGCAAAGGCUAAAGAGAAGAACCUCUUCCUGAUGGAAGGGAUGUGGACGCGGUACUUCCCUUUGUCCAUCUACGUUCGCGAGUUGGUCACUUCGGGCCGACUUGGACCAGUUGAACGCGUCUUGGCCGAACACAGCCUACCUUACGCAGGGCUGUUCGAUGAUGAUGAUCACAUCAUGGUCAACCCUCGUCUCGCCGGUGGAAUACUUCUAGACGGAGGGAUCUACAGUUUGACUUGGGUUUUCCAGACACUGUAUCACACGCAGCCGGCCGAUUCUAGACAACGGCCCAUCAUUAAGAGCGCCGUUGCCAAGUAUGCCCCUACUGGUGUUGACGCGAUGACAACCAUUCUUCUGGAGUUUCCUCGGAGCCAAGAAAACGGUGGCACGGCACAUGCAGUUGCCUCAACGUCUUUGGGGUUGUCUAACGAUGCUAUGGCAGGCGCAAAGGAUGCGAUCGUGCCCAAUAUUCGGAUUCAAGGUCCCAAGGGAGAAGUCCAAGUGUUUCCUCCUGCCUACAGACCCACUCGCACAAGACUUAUUCUGAAAGAUGGCACGGUAGAAGACAAGCAAUGGCCGCAACCGGGACCGGGAGUUGGCAGCGGAUGGUAUAACGGGUAUGGCUUAACGCCUCACCCGGAGGGCGAAGGUCACGGUCUCUUUUGGGAAGCUGAUGAUGCCGGAAGGGCUCUAAUCGAGGGAAGAAAAGAAGGAAGCUUCUUAGGGCUUGAUGAAAGCAUCUUGGUUAUGGAAAUUAUGGACGAAGUUCGGGAUUCCGCUGGUCUGAGGUAUCCUGAGGAGAUUGAAACCACGAACUUUCCUACUCAGAUCUAA